CGUGGGGGCGAUUGGAGACUUCCAGGCUUGCCAACGCCGUCCCUCGCACGGUUUUGAGGUGGACGGCGGCGAAGUGGUUCCUCUCGGCAAGCACGAUGCUGGAGGCGGUGGUCGAGGGCUGGUGGUGGUGGUGGCAGAACGGUCGUGUCGCAACAGCGGCUGUGGUGCUGUUGGCUUUUGGUGUCAUCUCCGUUAAGCGUUAUGUCGCGAAGAAGAACAGGAGGAGGCGAUGGGCCGCCGUCGGAAAAGACGUAGUAGUUGUGCACGGCUUAGGCAAAGGGCGCCGCACCCCAAAUCUGUCGCCUUUCGUCUUAACGCUAGAGACUUACCUGCGCCUCGCCAAAAUCCCUUACCAGAUGGACUACGAAGAGCCUUUCGGGCCCAAAGGCCAGUCCCCCUGGAUCACGCUCAACGGCCAGGAAAUGGGAGACUCGCAGCUGAUCAUCCAGAUGUUAGGACGGCGCUUCGGGAAAGACUUCACGGCCAGCCUGACGAAGGAGCAGAAGGGGGCAGCUCGUGCGUUUCACAUGAUGGUGACGGAGCACCUUGCAUGGGGAUUCCGCUUGUGGCGCUGGGUGGAGAACAAAGGGCGCUUGAUGCUACAGGAAAUGGAUCGCGUCCCCUUUAUAGUGCGUUUGCUGAUGCCUCUGAAGCGUCGACAGAUCUUCAAGUCCUUAUACUUCCAAGGCAUCGGGAGGCACAGCGCGGAGGAAGUCCACGACAUCAUCGAGAGGGACUUGGCCGCCAUCUCCUUUUACCUCGGUGACAAGCCCUUCCUGAUGGGCAGCGACCUGUGCGAGGUUGACUGCGCUCUCUUCGGGUCUCUGGCGCAGAUCAUGUGGAACUACUCAGGCUCCCCGUACGAGACUAUGGUCAAAGUGAAAUACCCGAACCUGAAAGAAUACGUGUUACGGGUGAAGGAGACACUCUGGCCGGACUGGGACCAGUGCCUGAAGCGGCCCAAGAUGAGCUAACUGCGGAGGUCAAGGUGGUGGCGAUGGUGAUGAUGAUGAGAAUGAUCAUGAUUAUGAAAGUAAUUAGUGUCAUUAUCCUCUCUCUCUUUCCUCCCUUCUUUUUCUCCCAUUCUCCCUCCAUCUUUUGGCAUGUUUAUUAUUAGCGGCAUUGUGAUAAUCAAGGUUGAAAUGUUAAUGAUGUAAUAAAUAAUGUUGAUUAAAGUUUUAUAGAUU